UUACAAAGGUUAGGACUACUUUGCGUACGUGUCGGAAGUCUCGUUUCGAGCGAGAAUCCAGCGAGAAAUAUGGCUGCGCCCAUGUCCCCAUGCUUCGCCCUGCGAGGAAGUGAAGGUCUAUGGCUGCGAGAUGGACCGCCAUCAAAUCGGGCUCGUGAUGCCUUUCAUAGGGACAAAAGUCGAGCAUGUAAGGUGAUGACAUUCUCAGGUGAUGGAGCUCUCUUUGCCUGGUGUAAUGGACUGUGCAUCCAGGUUGCAGACGUUUCGACUAACAAGGUGCUAUUUACCCUCCAGAAGAGGAAGACAUCAAAGAUGCAGUUCUCUCCUAAAGGAACGUACCUGAUGACCUGGGAGACAUACAUUGUUACCGAGAAAGGUCAGCAGGGAAACCCCAACCUGGAAAUCUGGAAUGCCAGGACUGGUGAACUGGUAAGAAGCUUCAUACAGAAGAAGCAUCAGAAUUGGGCACCACAGUUCUCCCAUGAUGAUACGUUAUGUGCUAGAAAUGUCACAAACGAAGUACAAUUCUUUGAGAACGGCUUCGAGACCAUCAUCGACAAGCUCCACCUCGACAAGUUGACACACUUUAGUAUGUCUCCAUGGGGACCACCAUACUUGGUGGCGGCGUACGUUACAGGAAGCAAGGGCUCACCAUCUUCCGUCAAACUCUACCGACGGCCGAAUUUCACGACUGUGAUUGGAAAUAAUAGUUUCUAUCGAGCAGAUGACGUUGCGCUGUUGUGGAACCCAAAAGGCAAAGCUGUCUUACUGCUGCUUUCAAUGGAAUCGACAAGCGAUUCUUAUUAUGGUGAACAAUCGUUACAGUUUAUGGGCGCUGAUGGCGUUAGCUGUCGGGUGCCUCUAGGGAAAAAUGGUCCAGUGUACAAUGCUGAAUGGAAUCCCAAGAUGCCUGAAUUCUGUGUUGUGUACGGAUUUAUGCCAGCAAAGAUUACACUCUACAACCUGAAAUGUGACCCAGUCUUCGACUUUGGAACUGGUGCUUGGAACUCCAUAUUCUACAACCCACACGGAAAUAUCCUAUGUCUGGCUGGUUUUGGCAACAUCCGUGGCAACACAGAAUUCUGGGACUUGAAGCAGAAGAAGCAGAUCAUCAAGAGUGAUGCGUCUGACAUCACGGCGUUUGAGUGGUGUCCGGACGGGGAGCACAUCCUCUUGGCAACGACAGCUCCACGGCUACGCGUAGGAAACUGUUUUAAAGUGGUCCAUUACACUGGGACACUUGUCUGUGAAGAGGCAACACCUGUGAAUGAGGAACUAUGGGAAGUAAAAUGGCAGUCCGUCCCAGAGGGCACGUUUCCUGUCAAACCUAUCCAGUAUAAACGAGUUGAUUCGUCAGUCCCUCAGGCCCCACUGCCAAAGAAGGUAGAAGCCUAUCGGCCACCCCAGGCCCGGGGUCACGCGUCAACGUUUAAACUCCAUGAGAACGAACUGCCAUCAAAUGCCAAAAAGGAUGAAAAUCUAUCAAAACAGGCUCUGAAGAAUAAGAAGAAAAGAGAAGCUAAGAAAGCCAAACAGGAUCAGGCCCAGUCUGACCCAAUGUCUCCUGCAACAAGCCAACCAUCUCAACAAGCAACUGGCGGUCAACCCUCCAGGCCCCAGAGCAGUGGUCAGCCUGCCAGGGCCCCAGCAGGCAGUAGCUCACAUGGCCAGUCGGCAAGAAUGGGAUGCACCGGUGACCCAGAAAAAGAUAAGAAGAUACGCAAUCUAUCGAAGAAACUGGAACAGAUUGAGAAACUGAAGCAGCAGCAAGCAGAGGGGAAACAACUCGAGCUCAACCAGCUUGAAAAGAUCAAGACUGUUGAUCAGAUUAGACAAGAAAUUGAGCAGAUACGACUUGCAUAGGGGCUUCUUUAUAUCGGUCAGAAUGGUUGUAUUUACUGGAUAACAGAUGGCUAUGACAAGAAGACAAAACAAAGACGUCCCUACUAAUUGGACUGAGACAUAUUUAGGAUGGGGUCGGCACACACACUGUUGCCCGUCAACAUGUCACAUCCUCUUGGAGACGGUCACAAGAGACGCAACUUUGUAGCAGCUUGUCACACUCACCCUGGAGGGUCUCUACAAAUGCCCUCCUGUUGGGUUCUGGGUUCUGCCUUCAUGAAGGUCGACUAGGUUUGGGAGAGAUAACUGUAAUCUGGGGGUCUGUAAUGCAGUAGAUAUGAGCAUUUGGCUCCUUGUAAAUUGUAUGUGUACAUAAAUCAUCUUCUAAAAAGUAUUUCAUAUAGUAAUUUUAAACCCAUCUUUUGUGCUCUGUAAUUAUUUUAGAGUGGAAAAGAAUAAAAAAAUUAGUUGAAAGAGUGUAUUUCCUUGGAGCAACUACUUAUGCAGAGCUGAGUGGUCCAUCAAUCAAUGUUAAGAAGUCUGUGUGACCUUACCCGUGUCCUGGCGUGGUGACACAAUUACGCAUCAAAAUUUGAUUUUGUAAUCAAAAUAUUGGGCAUACAAAGUUGUCUAUGUGUUAACACUUUAAAGGGUCCCUUCCCAUUCAAUAACAAAUAUUCACCAAAAGUAAUUUAAACUAUUAUAAUUUCUCUUCAUCCCAAAUUGUUGUUUUGAGGACAGAGUCACAAUCAGAAUGCAGGGAUGCAUUCACUUUGAACUGGGACUCGACAAGUGUAAAACCAGACAGAUUGUUAAACUAUGUUUAGUUAUCUUGAGAUUAAAUUAUCAGGAAGUAA